UACGACAUCAGCCGAGAAAUACCCUGCAAGUACAAAAUCCGUGAGCCAGCCCCGUCCGUGCAGAGGGGAGACGCUCGCCUUGCACCAGCGUUGCUGCCCUUACGCCGACAGACAGCACACGAGGGGGAGCUUUUUCUAUUUGUCGCACAUUUUCGGGGGAUUUUAACGCAUUUUUACCACCAUCGUAGAGGAGAGGGGGGUGAAAACUGGUUAUUUUUCUGGGGAGAAAGCACAAUGUCAGCGACCUUUCCGGGACUUGUCCACGACGCAGAGAUACGUCACGACGGAUCAAACAGCUACCGGCUCAUGCAGCUCGGUUGCCUGGAGUCCGUGGCCAACUCCUCGGUCGCCUACUCCUCCUCCUCCCCGCUCACCUACCCGGCGCCGGCGGGCACGGAGUUCGCGUCUCCUUAUUUCUCGGCCAACCACCAGUACACGCCCCUACACCACCAGUCUUUUCACUAUGAGUUCCAGCACUCCCAUCCGGCAGUGGCCCCGGAGGCCUACGGGCUCAACUCGCUCCACUCGGGCCAGUACUACCAGCAGAUCCAUCACGGAGAGCCUGCAGACUUCAUUAAUCUGCACAACGCUCGCUCGGCGCUCAAGUCGUCGUGCCUGGACGAGCAGCAGCGGCGAGAGCUGGGCUGCCUCGAUGCGUACCGGCGCCACGACUUGUCGCUAAUGACGUCACACGGCUCCCAGGCCUACGGCGUCGGGAUGCACCAUCCGGACCAGAGACUGCUGCCGGCAGCCGGCCUGGGCCUCCCCUCUGCCGCAGAUGACCUACAGGGCUCCGUGGAAGCUCAGUGUGGGCUCAUGCUCAACGGCCAAGGGGGCGUCAUCCGGAGAGGGGGAACUUGUGUGGUGAACCCGACAGAUCUGUUCUGCUCGGUACCAGGUCGACUGUCACUGCUCAGCUCCACCUCCAAGUACAAAGUCACCAUCGCAGAGGUGAAGAGAAGACUGUCACCGCCGGAGUGCCUCAAUGCCUCGCUGCUGGGUGGAAUACUGCGCAGAGCCAAGUCAAAGAACGGCGGCCGGUGUCUUCGGGAGAAAUUAGACCGUCUCGGCCUCAACCUGCCGGCAGGACGGAGGAAAGCUGCCAAUGUCACGCUGCUAACCUCCCUCGUGGAGGGAGAAGCGCUCCACCUGGCAAGGGACUUUGGCUACACCUGUGAGACAGAGUUUCCCAGCAAGGCAGUGGGCGAACAUUUGGCCCGGCAGCACAAUGAGUCAAAAGAAAACAACGCACGAAAGAAAAUGGUUCUGGCUACAAAGCAAAUCUGUAAGGAGUUCCAAGACUUAUUGAGCCAAGAUCGUUCUCCUCUGGGAUCCUCCAGACCUACACCCAUCCUGGACUUGGACAUCCAGAGACACCUCACACACUUCAGUCUCAUCACUCACGGGUUCGGUACGCCGGCGGUUUGUGCAGCUCUCAGCACUUUCCAGACAGUCCUGAGCGAGAUGCUCAACUACCUGGACAAAAACUCAAGCGGGAAAACGAGCGGACCAAACGAUCAACAGAUCAACAGCAGCUCGGAAAAGUCGCAGCUCCGCAAAGCAGCUGAGCCCCAGAGCAAAGACGGCAAAACUGAAAAGACUGAGUAGCCCAAUCCACUUGGUCCCCCCCCCCCCCGUGCCUUGGAGCUGCGUGUGUGUACUGUAUGUGUGCGCAAGUGGGAGAGAAAAUGUGUGUGUGUGUGUGUGUGGCUCAUGAUAUAUUUAUUUUUAUUUCUUUAUUUAUUGAUUCUUGAUUUAAGGUGAAAACAUGGAACAUGAGUGUUUUCAGGACAGGAGUGGCAACUGCACGUUACACAAAAACAUACAUGGCGCCCGGUUGGCGAGGUAGAAACUUCCUCUAUUCACCUGACAGGGUGAAAGAAGCUGAUGCAAGCAUCCCCCCCCCCUUCAAGGAUAGAAAUACAACAACACACAUCGAUACUAUGGUGGAAGACUUUAUAUAAAAUCAUGAUGUUUCACAUUCCUUUCCUUUGUCUAAUGCAUUUCUCAGCUAACCCAGUGAAGAACAGGCAAAAGCUAUUCCAAACUCUUUCGGAAUGCACAAAUGAGCCGUCUUGCAACGCCCCCGCCCCAUAAACCUGUAAAAGCACUUAGCAGGCAUACUUUUGAAUUUUACCAUGUGAAGGGCAGAUAAAAGUAGACUGUUUCAAGUGUGUGAGUGAUGCAAGCCUGUUCUCAUGAGAAUUUAGUAGGGUUUUGUACUAUUUGGUAAUUCACUUCCGUGGCAAAUCAUUUGCCGCUGAUGAGUUUGUUGUAAACAACAGCACGGCAAGGGUAUUGCACAUGAAUUUUGGUAGCACAACCAACAUUUUAAAGCGCAUGCAGAGGUAAAUAAAACUACAGGCACCUUGUGAUUUUUUUUUUUUUUUAAUACUACAUCCAGAGGUUGCCUACAGCCACAGCAGUUAACGCCAAUGUUUUUAACCAGGCGCUAAUUAGUGAUCCUGGCGGUUAUUUGCUUUUCUAGAUCACACACCUGGCAUCUAUAAAGAGACUAAUUCAGCCAUUUAGUGCAUAACUGUUCGUACAUUUCUGACUAAAUUCUCGUGAGAAUACAUUGAAUUGCGAAAGUGUGUGACAUGUAUGACUGUGUCCUUUUGGUUGUUUUUUUUAGGGGGGGAUGUAAAGAGUCCAAAGGGUCCGAAAUCAGCCAUUUUGUAACAGUGACUCAGCAUUUCCUGUGCAUGUCUAUCUUUGUACACUCCUCAAAAACACAGGUUUAGCCGACACGACAAAAUCUCUUCGACUCGCUCAUGAACAUUUGUAAAGAUAUAUAUAAAUAUUUAAAUUACUUUUCUUGUAGGAUUUUGACUAUAUAUAUGCUAAAUCCCUACAUUUAAAAAAAAAAAUGCUGGUGUUCAAUAAAGACAAGUUGCUACAUGUUCUAC